AUGAAAUAUCGCGGUGUCGUUUACGAUGUGGGCCUUCACUUCGAACCCAACACCCCUUCGGUUGAGCCCUUCAACGCCAACCUCGUGGAACACGACAUGCGCGUGAUUUCCAACGAGCUUCAGGCCAAUGCUGUCCGCAUCGAGGGCGAAUCCAUCUCUCGUCUCGUCACCGCUGCUCGUGCCGCUCAUGCCUUGGGGCUCACUGUUCUUUUCAAUCCGUGGAAGAUGCAUUCGCCAGCCCAAGAGAUACAACUUGACCUCGCCGAAGCCGCGCAGGCUGCAGAAGAUCUUCGGAUGGAGGGCUUGGAUAUUGUAUUUGUUACGCAGUGCGAGUUUACAAUCUUCAACGAGGGUAUCUUCCCAGGCAAGACUCUUAUGGAGCGCGUUGGCUGGAUGGCCACCAUGGGCCGAGGUAGUAAGGAGCAGCUCGCCGCGUUGGGCGAGCGCUCCGCGAAGCUCAAUGACGUGCUUCGGUCGUUUCUGGACGUUGGUAAACCGGUGUUCGUCAUGGAGUUCGGUUGCUGCGCAUACGAGGGUGCGGCGGCUCGCGGCGCAGGCGGCUUCAUGCUCCUGGAGGGAACGAAUCCCGAUGGUACUGGAAACUUUGCGGACGGGGUCGUGUUGACCUAUUCGGAGACGGAACAAGCUGAUUACAUUGAGACGCAGCUCGGGCUACUCACGGACGCUGCUGUCGAUGGCGCCUUCGUGUACGUCUUUUCGUUCCCGACAUUCCGUGCCGGCGAGGGUGCACGAAAUCUGGACAUGAUGUCCUUUUCACUGGUCAAGACGUGGCCGGAAGGUGAUGAGAGGUACACGGCGAUGCCUCCUUGGGCGCCGAAGGAGUCUUUCAGGAGCCUUGAGAGCGAGGCACGACAAACAUCGAAACAAGAAGACGACAUCGACGACGAAAUUCUAGCCAUCGAAAACACCACGUCGAGUUCCAAUGAAGACGGGAAUGACCUAGAGGAAAACCCCAGAGAUGAAACCUCGGAGACUGAGGAGUGCAAGGAGAGACAGAGAUUUGAAAACUUCGAGAAGAACAGCUUCCGUUCGCCAAAGUUUUGGUUCCAGUGGAAGGGAAGGAAGGCCAAGGUCAGCGACAACAAGAAAUCGUUAUCCUUUUUAUCGCUUCCUCCUGAAAUCCGCAACGAGAUAUACCACGACGCCCUGGUGCGCGAGACCUCAAUCAACAUCGGCGAAACCCUUGUCGGUGACAAGCAGUUGCUGCGACAAUACUCGAACAGACCAAAGAGAAAGCCCGUCUUCGGCUCCCUCCUUCGUACAUGCAAGACUGUGCAUGCCGAUGCGAGUGCCAUGCUCUACUCCAACGGUUUCGCACUGGAUACGAUGCAGGAUCUCGCACAAUGGCUCCGCGCUAUCGGCCGUAACGCAGUUCACCUACGCGGCAUUACAUUCCUUCACCAUAUUCAAGCUGCUUCGUUCAACCUGAAGCCAAGAGGCCCCAAACUCAAACUGGGAAAUCAGUGUGUUCACAGGUACGCGUCGAGGAAGGUUGCUGCGAUGCUUGCCAAUUCACAACAUCUCGAGCCCUUGAAAAUGCAGUUUCGAUACACUACAGUGUAUCGAAACCAGGGUCUCUCGGUCCCGAGAAACGACAGCCCGGAACACUGGGUCCGGACUGCACGGGUUAUUGCGGAAAUGGUGUACAACGACUUCCGCCCUAUUUUACGACAAGCCAUUUCCCGCGGAAAGUCCGUCAGCGAGGCUUGCAGAUUGAUUCAAGUCCACCGAGGGAACUUCGAGGACACAGAUUGGUGGACGCCUCAAGGCUGGCCUUUAAUCUCAUUGAAUGCAACCGAAUUGAAGGACGCUGAAGAUGCAGUUGUUGACCACAUGCAACUUUUGCUGCGCAUGGGAGUUUAG